AUGGAACAGGAGGAAACCUUAUCUCAGCCUGGUGACAAUUCGCUAAGUUCGAACCGUUCGGGCUCUACCCAUCGAUCUACCACUUCCUCAAAGAAAAAUAAAGUGCUGGCCCCGAGCUCAGCCGCCACUUGUUCUCGAGCAAAAGGUGGACGUUCACGUGGACGUAACGUUCAAAAUCACGCCAAUUACGUGUUGUCGCCAUUGACAAACGGAGCAACAGCGCUGUCGUCAUCUACAUUGGGGGCCACGUGUGCACUAAACAAUAAUUUAUUGAACCUAGCAACGGGUGGAGUACAGCAGGAUAGACAGAUAUACAGUUCUGUUCCGGGUGUAGCUUAUCCGAGCCUAACGAACAGUUCCGGUGACGCCGCAGAGAAGGAUUCUGCUUCUGGUGUUUGUGCUACUCAGGAAAAACCCAAGGAUGACACUAAGCUUGCAAAUGUCCUGAAAGCACGCGAUCAAGACAAAUCGGCAAUGCAGCUGCUGGAGAAGAGACUGAUUGAGGCGCAGACCAAGAGGAAUGAGCUUGAAAAAGAGCUUAAUGCGGAAAAACGUAGCAAAAUCAAAGAAGAACAUGCCGCAGCACGAGCUUUAGCAGCUGCCCAGUCCAACAAGUAUGCUUCAUCCUUGUAUGUCAUUGUGGAGGAAGUUUGUUGCAUGCAUCCUCGAGAUGAAGUACGAGCGCACGACUAUUCGGAAGUUUUUAGUACUCCGAUGAGCUCGGUCGCGCAUUAUACACUGGUUUUUGUCAGGAAGCGCUCAUUUGGGUGA